GAGGAUUGAAAUUUAAACCUCACUAAAUCAUUGAGGAAUAGAAUACUGUCUCCCAUUGGUCAGUAACUAAAGUUUUCUUUCAUCUCACAGUAGAUAAUAGCUAAUAGUUUUGUUUUUUCUCAUAAUCUUCCUUUUCCAAUUACAGCUUUUUCUCUGUUCCGACUUCCCGUGACCAAUGAUUCUCCAUAAUUCAUCUAUCUGGACCAAUAUCUUACUGUUCCCAGUACGAAAUUCUAUCCAAUUUGGCGUCUAGUUUCACAAUUUCAGCAAUGCAAAUCAGAGUUUAGAAGAAGCUGGACAGAAGAAAAGAGAGGAAAUGGAAAGAAGGAUGAUGAAAUUUCCACUGUUACUACUACAAACUCAGUUCUUUCUUCUUUCCUUUUUACUUAUUGUUGCAUCUCUGGCUGAUGAUGAUUCAAUUCCACUAAAUGAUGAUGUUUUAGGCCUCAUUGUGUUCAAAUCAUCUCUUCAUUCUGGGUCCUCAGAAUUGGAGUCAUGGAAUGAAGAUGACACUUCCCCAUGUGCAUGGAGAUUCAUCAAAUGCAAUCCAAGAAAUGGCAGAGUUUCUGAAUUGUCCCUUGAUGGAUUAGGCCUAUCAGGCAAGAUUGGAAGAGGGCUGGAAAAAUUGCAAGAUUUGAAGGUACUUUCUUUGGCUAACAACAAUUUCACUGGUAAUAUCAGCCCAGAAUUAGCUCUAUUAAAUGGCCUUGAAAAGCUUAACCUUAGCAUGAACCACAUUGAUGGCAGCAUUCCAGCUUCCCUUGCUAACAUGAGUUCAAUCCAGUUCCUUGACCUAUCAUACAACUCGCUUUCAGGCCCUCUUCCUGAAAACUUGUUUCGAACUUGGAAAUCGCUUCGCUUCAUUUCUUUGGCUUCGAAUUUCCUCGAAGGACCAUUUCCUACAUCUCUGUCUGAAUGCACAGAUUUGAACCACCUGAACUUGUCCAAUAAUCAUUUCUCUGGUGACCCCAACUUUAAGGAAAUGUUUCAGUCCUUGACUAGGCUUCGGACGUUGGAUCUUUCGAAUAACGAGUUAUCUGGUGAGCUACCAUUUGGUAUUUCAGCUUUGCAUAACUUGAAAGAGAUUUCGCUGCAAGGAAAUCAUUUCUCCGGAUCACUUCCAGCUGAUAUUGGAUUCUGUCCACAUUUGAGCAGAGUUGAAUUGAAUGGCAACUUUUUCUCUGGAAGGAUUCCGGAUUCUGUGCAACAGCUCAAUGAGCUUAGAGUCUUAAGUGCAACUCAUAAUUUUCUCAAUGGAGACUUCCCUCAAUGGAUCGAUAAACUGAGCAGCCUGGAAUACUUGGAUUUGUCAGGCAACAAUUUACAGGGAUCAAUACCGUCUUCCAUAGGUGAAAUGAAAUCAUUGCAGUAUCUUAGCCUGUCAAAUAAUCGGCUAUCCGGGAUCAUUCCCCAUUCCAUCAGUUCUUGCAGUAGCCUUUCUAGUAUCCAGUUGAAAGGGAAUGCAUUCAAUGGUAGCAUACCUGAGGGCCUUUUUGAGUUGGGAUUGGAUGAAAUAGACUUGUCUAGAAAUCAGCUUACCGGACCAAUUCCAAAGGGUUCCACUAAACUCCUUGAUUCUCUGGAAGUGUUGGAUCUUUCAGGGAACAAUCUCUCUGGAGUCAUUCCAUCAGAUAUGGGGUUAUAUGUCAAGCUCAGAUACUUGAAUAUGUCAUUGAACAAUUUUGAGUCCGAAAUUCCUCCAGAACUUGGUCAUUGCAAGAAUCUCACUGUUUUAGAUCUUCGAGACAGUGCGCUAACUGGCUCAAUUCCAAGGGAUAUAUGUGAUUCAGGAAGCUUAAGAAUCCUUCAACUGGAUGAGAAUUCACUGAUAGGGCCUUUCCCAUCUGAGAUAGACAAUUGCUCAUCUCUUUUUCUAUUGAGCUUGUCCCACAAUAACAUAACUGGACCUAUUCCAAAAUCUAUUUCUUCAUUGAAGAAACUCAAGAUUCUGAAGCUGGAAUUCAACCAGCUGACUGGAGAGAUACCUCAAGAUCUAGGAAGAUUGGAAAAUCUUCUGUCAGUAAACGUAUCCCACAAUCAGCUCAUUGGUAAGCUUCCUGAUGGUGGAAUAUUUCCAAACUUAGAUCGUAGCGCAUUAGAAGGAAAUCUGGGCAUCUGUUCUCCAUUGCUCAGAGGACCCUGCAAAAUGAGUGCUGCUAAGCCCUUAGUUCUUAAUCCUUUUGCGUAUGGUAAUCAUCAUGGCGGCGACAUUCCAAGUGAUGGAUCUUCAGACAAUAUCAUGGGUUUUAGGCGUCGUAGGUUCCUCAGCGUUUCUGCCAUUAUUGCAAUUUCGGCAGCUGCUGCAAUAGCUAUUGGUGUGAUCAUUAUAACCUUAAUCAAUGCUUCUGUUAGGAGAAGACUUGCUUUCAUCAAUGAUGCUUUAGAAAGCAUGUGCUCAAGCUCAAAUAGGUCUGGAAGUGUGGUUGCUGGGAAGCUCAUAUUCUUCGACUCCAAAUCUUCACCCGAUUGGAUUACCACCAGCCUCGAAUCAAUGCUGAACAAAGCCACUGAAGUUGGAGGAGGGGUCUUCGGAACUGUUUACAGGGCUUCACUAGGAGAUGAAGGAAGAGUUGUUGCAGUCAAGAAGCUAAUAACAUCCAACAUUGUUGAAUGUCCUGAAGACUUUGAUCGAGAAGUUCGUACUUUAGGAAAAGCAAACCACCAGAAUAUAAUCUCUCUGAGAGGAUAUUAUUGGACUCCUCAAUUGCAGUUCAUAGUAUCAGAUUUUGCACCUGGUGGUAGCUUACAAGCCAAACUCCAUGAGAGGCAUCCUACCUCUGCACCCCUCAAUUGGGCAUCCAGAUUCAAAAUCAUCUUGGGAACAGCAAGGGGGCUUGCAUAUUUGCAUCAUUCAUUCCGGCCACCUAUCAUCCAUUACAACAUUAAGCCGAGCAACAUCCUCCUCGAUGAUCAUAUGAAUCCCAAGAUAUCAGAUUAUGGAUUGGCAAGACUAGUAACAAAACUCGACAAACACGUGCUGAGUAACCGAUUCCAGAAUGCAUUAGGCUAUGUUGCUCCUGAGUUGGCCUGCCAGAACUUGCGGGUCAGUGAAAAGUGCGAUGUUUUUGGAUUUGGGGUGCUGAUUCUUGAGAUAGUAACAGGGAGAAGACCUGUGGAGUACGGAGAAGACAAUGUCGUCAUCCUGAGUGAUCAUGUCAGAGUUUUGCUUGACCAAGGCAAUGUGCUGGAUUGUGUUGAUCCUAGCUUGGAAAGCUACCAUGAAGAGGAAGUAUUGCCAGUAUUGAAGUUAGCUUUGGUCUGCACAUCUCAGAUACCUUCAAGUAGGCCUUCCAUGGAAGAAGUUGUGCAAAUAUUGCAAGUCAUCAAGACGGCGAGCCCGCAGAGAGAGGCAUCAUUCUAAGAACAUCAAAUUAAAUCAUGAAGGAUUGAAGGUUUAGUUGUCCUCUAGCUUGUUUCCAACUUGUUAAGCCUCCACCAGUUUUCCCCACCUUUGAUAUCAGUUUUCGUUUCAUUUGUUGUCAUUGUACUCCGAACAAUUUUAGAACCGUACAAUUUGAUUUUGUUACUUAUGUUAGUAUUUCUUUUCUUUCCAACUGUGUUGUUUAUUUAGUUCAACCCCCGGUUUAUUUUUCAACCUGUUUUGCACGAGCUAAUGUGAGACAUUCGCCAUCC